AUGUCUUCCCACGAUGGAGCCAGGUCCGUCCGACAGUCUAAGCGGUACUCCAUGACCACGCUGUACCUGUCUAUGUCUGCGAACGAGAAGGAUUUGGAAAUUGAAGAUGAUCUUGCUAAAGCCCAGAAAAUACUGCGGGACCUAAAGUCGAAGAUUUCGUCUCAGUCGAAGAAGAAUUUUGUGUUGGAGAAGGACGUUAGAUAUCUCGACUCGCGGAUCGCCCUAUUAAUUCAGAAUCGGAUGGCAUUAGAAGAACAAAAUGAGGUUGCGAGCCAUCUAGAAGAUGCGUCAGACCUACAAGAGGGUUUCUUCCCGAACGACGAAAAGACGCAGAAAUACGGGAAUCUCCUCUUCCUUCUGCAGUCCGAGCCUCGACACAUCGCCCAUCUCUGCCGUCUCGUCACAAUGGCUGAGAUUGAUUCUUUGCUCCAAACCGUCAUGUUCACGAUUUAUGGAAAUCAAUAUGAGAGCCGUGAAGAGCAUUUGCUGCUAACUAUGUUCCAGUCUGUCCUCACGUACCAAUUCGACAAUACCCCCGAAUACUCCUCCCUUCUCCGUGCGAAUACCCCCGUAUCUCGAAUGAUGACAACAUAUACACGAAGAGGUCCCGGGCAGAGUUACCUAAAAACGGUGCUGGCUGAUCGGAUCAACGGGCUGAUCGAGUUGAAGGAUCUUGAUCUCGAGAUCAAUCCAUUGAAGGUGUACGAGCGGAUGAUCCAGCAAAUCGAAGAAGACACCGGAAGCCUCCCGGCAUCGUUACCGAGGGGAGUGGUGGCAGAGCAGGCCGCAGAGAAUGCACAGGUCCAGGCCAUUAUCGAGCCUCGAUUAACGAUGCUGAUGGAGAUAGCGAACGGCUUCUUGACCACAAUUAUUGAAGGCCUGGAAGAAACUCCCUACGGUAUCAGAUGGAUAUGCAAACAAAUUCGAAGUCUCACAAAGCGUAAAUACCCCGAUGCCAACGAUCAAGUUAUCUGCACCCUCAUUGGAGGGUUUUUCUUCCUCCGCUUCAUCAACCCAGCAAUUGUCACACCAAAGUCCUAUAUGCUUAUCGACGGAACUCCCGCUGAGCGGCCGAGACGGACCCUAACUCUAAUCGCAAAGAUGUUGCAGAACCUGGCGAACAAGCCAGCUUAUGCCAAGGAACCUUAUAUGGCCAAAUUGCAACCUUUCAUUCAGCACAACAAGGAGCGUGUCAAUAAAUUUAUGCUCGACUUAUGUGAGGUUCAGGACUUCUACGAGAGUUUAGAAAUGGACAACUAUGUUGCGUUGUCGAAGAAGGAUUUAGAGCUUUCAAUCACACUGAACGAGGUCUAUGCGACGCAUUCCUUGCUCGAGAAGCACAGCGCUGAGCUCAACAGAGACGAGAAUUCUCAUCUCGCCGUCAUCUUGGGUGAUCUAGGGCCGGCCCCAGCGCAGCUACCCCGAAAAGAGAAUAGAUCCAUCAACCUACCCCUCUUUAGCAAGUGGGAGACGGCAAUUGACGACCUGACUGCCGCCUUGGAUAUCACACAGGAGGAGGUCUAUUUCAUGGAGGCCAAAUCCACAUUCGUACAAAUUAUGCGGUCCUUGCCUAGCAAUAGUGCCGUUGCCCGAAGACCCCUGCGGCUUGAGCGCGUCGCAGACGCUGCUGCAACAUCCCGCAACGAUGCGGUGAUGGUGCGGAAGGGCAUCCGCGCUAUGGAGUUACUCAGUCAAUUACAGGAGCUCCAGGUCAUUGAUAAAUCUGAUGGAUUUAGUCUCCUCCGGGAUGAAGUUGAGCAGGAGUUGCAACAUCUCGGCUCUUUGAAAGACGGCGUGCUUCUCGAGUCGCAAAAGCUUCAGGAGGUUUUCAAUACGAUUCGUGAUCACAAUUCGUACCUCGUUGGGCAACUUGAGACUUACAAGAGCUAUCUUCACAAUGUUCGAAGCCAGAGCGAAGGCACCAAACGGAAACAGCAGAAGCAUCAAGUUCUGGGACCGUACAAGUUCACGCAUCAACAAUUGGAGAAGGAAGGUGUCAUUCAGAAGAGCAAUGUCCCUGACAACCGAAGAGCGAAUAUUUAUUUCAACUUCACUAGUCCAUUGCCUGGUACAUUCGUUAUUUCGCUCCAUUAUAAAGGUCGCAAUCGUGGACUUUUAGAACUUGAUCUCAAGCUAGACGAUCUCCUCGAGAUGCAAAAGGAUAACCAGGAAGAUCUCGAUCUUGAGUAUGUCCAAUUCAACGUGCCGAAGGUGCUCGCUCUCCUAAAUAAACGUUUCGCAAGGAAGAAGGGUUGGUAA